AUACCAGUUUGGGGUUUUUGCACUGUUUUCAAGCCUCUGCCAGUCUUAUUGCGCUUUGCGCCAUCAGGAUUUCACCGAUCGACGCGUUCCGUCACCAAGACAUCAAAACAUGGCUAAACAUCACUAGCAAUCCCAGGACAUGAUCCUCCGAUUGAUGUUACAAUAUUUAUGGACAUUUCUAUAAACCGUGGCCCAGAAAUUCACUUAGAUUACAUCCAUUCUUACUACACCAGCUCGAACCAGUUCUGAAUACGUUUUUAAUUCAUAUCAAAUCAGGUUGAUGAGAGGUCCUGAGCCCGCAAUGUCUACUGGUCUAUAAAAUAGUGCACUAGGAGAAUUGCUCCAUGGGUAUCAAAUAAAUGAGCAUAUCAGCGUAAAUAAAAACAAUUCCAGGGUAUAAAAGUUUAGACAUUCAACACAUGGUUUUCCAUGGUUUUCAAAUACCAGGAAUCGACCAUUCAUGCGUUACCCGUGAGUCACUGGGGGUUACGACACAUGGAUUCUCGAGUGUAACCUUGAAAUGAGGCCGGUACACAUGUGCAACACAAAUCUGCAAAAAGAAAAUAGUUUUUUGGAUAAAUAUACUUACUGCUUUAUCAGUUUUUAAAUAUGAUAACCGGGUUUUUAAUAUGUCUGGGAAGCCAUCUAUUAGUGAGCAUCAAAGCUUGAGCUGCUCUUCGAACUCAUGUAAACCAUCAGCCAGUAAAGGAAAGGACCUGGAUGAUUUUUGAAGAAACAAGAAGCAAGAAAUUAAGUCUAAAUAAGGAGCGGAAUAACAAAGCACCCGUCCGCUGCGAGGGAGAUGCCAGCGAGCGCUAACGUGACGCGUCCUGACAGCGCUGGACUGCGUGACGCGAGAAUGACGCUAGUGGACUUGAUUCUUUGGUGUUCAGCGUUCGGCCUAAUCGCCAUCGCCAUCACUAUAGGAAACUCAAUCACUAUUGCAGUCUUCACGAGGAAAAAACUGCUUCGGUCGCGAGCCAACUACUUCCUUAUCUCCCUGGCGUGUGCUGACCUGAUGGUGGGCGUGGUCACUUUGCCCCUCUACCUCUGCACCCUCGUCUUUUACUGGAGGAAUGGCGAGGCCACGCCCUCGCACGUGUUCUUCACAUACAUGGCAGUGGAUAUUUUCUCCGUCUUUGCGUCGAUAUUUGCCCUGACUGUGAUCGCGAUUGAACGACUCUUCGCGGUUCUAUGGCCUCUCAAACACCGCGUCGCCUCCGAUCAGCUGUACUACAGUUUGGUUGGACUCACCUGGGCUCUGUCCGCCACGAUAUCGUUGUUCUAUUACCUGUUUGCGUACCAGGUGUUACUGAUCAAAGUCUUCUUCUACUUGGUCAUCUUUUUCAUCUUCUCCUCGCUGACUGUGAUCUGCAUCGCGUACGCGCUCAUCUGGCUGCGCCUGAAGGUCAAAAUGCCGCAUGGAGGCAAACACUCGCGUCAAUCAAGUGUCAGUCGCUAUGGCAACGAGGUGGAGAAGGAGGAUGUGCGCAGGCGCGUGGACCAGGACAUACUGCUGACAACAUUGUGCAUCGUCACGCUCGUAUUCGUUGUCACGUGGGUGCCUUUCUACAUCCUGAACAUCGUGGUCUUCUUCCAUGACGGGAAGAUGGAGGUGGCGCCUAACGGCUUCUACUUCAGUAAGUUGCUACAUUACAGCAAUUCGUACGUCAACCCGAUUGUGUAUUCCAUAAGGAUACCUAAGUUCUCCAAGACACUCUCGCUGUUUGUUCAUCGAAAGAGACAGGCGUUUAUCGAGUCGUAUCGCCUGCUGAGCUCGCGCUACAAGAGUUCGUCGUCGAGUCAGUCAAAAUCGAGGGAGAUCGUCGAAAGGGAGACAUCGUUAUAACAGAGGUCAAAAGUCGAUCGCAGUGGCACCUCUGAGUUAAACAGCCACUCCCCGAAGUCUCGAUAUAUUGGUUAAACUAAAACAAGGGCUCUAUUGCUCUUUAUACCGAAACACACUAUGUACACUAAUAACAAUUUUUGUGGUAAAAGGGAGAGGUGUGUUCACUUUUUUCGACAGUAGCUUUUCCAAAAUUUUCCUUGCAAGAUAUGAGCGACACAUUCCAAGGGGUGGCCGCUUUCAUAUAUGUAUCGAUCUUUAGUAAACGUGUAGCGUGCGGAGAAGAACGUAACCACAACAACUUGAU